AUGGUGGCGACUACUCUGUGGCAUAUCUGGAAAUCCCGGAACAACUCGAUCUUUAGAGGCCAAAAUCCAAAUGCGGAGGAAACUGUAGAAGCUGCGCAAGUGAUGGAAGAAAAUUAUGAAAAAUGGGGGAUUCAUAUGGCAAAAAUAGGGAACGGAAGAGAAGGGGCAGCUUCACCAACCUGGAUUGCACCGGAAAGAGGGAGGCUGAAAAUCAAUGUUGAUGGCUCGCUUGUGGAGGGAUCAACCGACGGUGCGAUAGCGUGCAUUUGCCGGGAUCACACCGGGGUUCUCGUCGAUGGACUCACAAAAUCUGUCAAGGCAUCCUCGGUGGCUCAAGUUGAAACACUAGCUGUACUGGAGCCAAUGAGAUUUGCAAAACACCGAAGUUUGAAGGAAGUUAUAGUUCAGUCAGAUAGACUUGAACUGAUUCGUACAUUGUCGGGUGCAGAUCAAGUCAAUUGGGAGAUUCGAGUGCUCAUUAAAGAAUGCAGGGACCUUCUUGUGGACCUCCCUUUGUUGCAGUUGAAGUAUUGUCCAAGGAGUUCAAAUUCGGUUGCAGACUUGGCAGCGAAAAACCACCGAAACCAACUUCUUCCACUGAACUGGCUGUCUUCCCCACCCCCGGCCCUCUGGGCCUUGCUAUGUAAAGAUGCCCCGCUUUUGGGCUCAGCUACUCUAUCACGUUUAUGA